GCUUGCUGCUGACAUUCCGGAGCGCACGAGAAAGAGACACAUAGAGUCGGCAAAAGGCGUCCUGUCCAGCGCUCUGUUGGUUGAUGCGAGUAGUUGCAGUUACAGUGUAGUGUAUGGUCUUAAUGUGAAGCAUGUCUCGGAACUGAGUACAGGGCAGCCAGAAUAUAUAGCAGGGAGAGCCCCUUGGGACUAUGCUGAACGCAGAAGCGGGAGCAACUUCUUCGGAGAAAAGUUUGGUGGCCGCGCAGCAGCAGUACGCGGCAGGCAGUGGGAAUAUGGCUGAUCGAAAUGAUAUCACCACCCUUACCAUACCUGUCCCAAUUCGAAGAGGUGGCUCAGACACCAAUCUGAAUGUGGAUGUAACUGAUGGCAUUUUGGGCUUCUACAAAGGAAAAAUUACAAAUGAUAACCUCCAUCAGAAAAUUCUCAAAGUCACAGAGCAGAUAAAAAUUGAGCAGACAGCACGUGACGAAAAUGUGGCAGAAUACCUAAAGCUUGUUAACAAUGCAGAUAAGCAGCAGGCUGCCCGAAUCAAACAAGUAUUUGAAAAAAAGAACCAAAAGUCUGCCCAAACUAUUGCUCAAUUGCAGAAAAAGUUAGAACAGUACCAUAAAAAACUGAAAGAGACGGAACAAAGCUUGCUCUCCAAAAAUUACAAAGAUUCUUCCAAGGAUAAUCUCAAGGAUGUUCAGUCGAAUGUAAAGGAUGGCAGCAAUGCCACACGGACAGGAAAUGUGAUACAGGGCAGUGUAGAGAAGAUUAAAACAAGUGGCUCUGGAGUUACUCUGACACCUCCUUUUUUUUUCAACAAGCCAAAAGAAUUUGCUAACUUGAUCCGUAAUAAAUUUGGCAGUGCUGAUAAUAUUGCAAAUAUGAAGAAUUCUCUAGAUCCAUUUCAUACUGAAGCAGGAAACCGCGCCUUAAGUGGAAGUGCUACUAUUGUUGCAAAGCCAAAAUAUCCAAGUGACGAUGAGUGUUCAAGUGGGAGUUCUGCUUCCGCUGACAGUAAUGGGAACCCAACUUUCAUUAUUGGAGAUGGGAAUGUAAUAGAGAAGCAGGAGAAGUUGUCUGUGAUUUUUGCUGAAUUGAGAGAUAUCAAAGAAAUGCAGGGGCAAUUAGCAGAAGAUAUCGAGACACUGAAGGUUCAGUUUAAGAGGGACUAUGGCUUUAUUACACAGACUUUGCAAGAAGAGAGAUACAGGUACGCACGUUUAGAAGACCAACUAAAUGAUCUCACUGAACUACAUCAACAUGAAACCUCAAAUCUAAAGCAAGAAUUAGCAAGUAUUGAAGAAAAAGCAGCAUACCAGGCAUAUGAACGUGCAAGAGACAUUGAGGAAGCUUUGGAGUCAUGCCAAACUCGAAUUUCCAAACUUGAGCUACAACAGCAACAGCAGCAACAAGUCAUACAGUUGGAAAACACAGAUGCUAAAGUACUUCUGGGAAAAUGUAUUAAUAUCAUGCUUGCUAUUGUCACAGUCAUCCUAGUGUGUGUCUCUACUAUUGCCAAAUUCACUGCUCCACUCAUGAGGAGUAGAUUACAUGUUGUAUGCACUUUCUUUGCUGUUACACUCCUUGCGAUCUUCUGGAAGAACUGGGACAACUUGCAGUGUGCCAUUGAGCGUGUACUGCUACCUAACUGAGCUAUAUGUAUGGUUUUUUAUUUUUGCUUUUAAAUAAGCCAGAUAAACAAGAUUAUCCAGUCCUAAAGACAUUUUACUUUCAAAUGUAUUUUACUAUUUUGCUAAAUUUAAAUUCAAAGACUAUGAUACAAUGAUGGACACACUGUGGUAUUUCUGUUUUAAAUAUACCUUUCUGGUUGGGCCGAUAUUUUGCUUUUAUAUUGAUAAUUUUAUUCUAUUUUGAGAUAAUUGGUGUUUAUGGUUUAUAUUAUUUUAUAAACCAAAGAGCAGUUUUCAAAAUACUUUUGGGCAGAUGAGAAAUGAAAGAAUUCUAAUUUUGAAAAGCUUGCUGCAAAACAGUUACGCACGCACAAGAAUAAAAGAUUUCCAUGGUGAUGCCAGAGCAUGCUGUCAUAUGGAGUCGAAUGCAAGAGAGAGCAAUGGAUGAUCCUAUGUCUAGAGAAAUGCAACAGUACCUGUUUGGUUUUAAAGUGAAUGAAUACGGUUCUGAUCCCACAAAAGAGUCAACUGUGCAAAAAAACAAGUAUUGACAUAAAACAAUGAACAAGUUUGCUGGCACAUCUGAUGACUAAAUGUGUUGCACAGUAUGCUAAACUGAUUACCAGUGCAAAGUCUUCUUGUGGAAAGAAACCUUCUGAAUUGCAGGGGAUGCCAGACGUAUAGUAAUUUAGUUUGCAAAAGUGGAAAAAUGCAAAGAAGAUAGUGACAGACGGAAUUCCUGCACUGAUGCUGUUACCUGUUUUUUUGACUCAAGUUACGCUGUCAUCUCACACACUAUGAAAACCCUCAUUUAAAGACAUGAUCCACGCAUUGAACCCCAAGUAUGAGGGUCCAGGAUGAAAAUACUUUAGCAAGUCAACAUACAGUAGUGUUAAUGAAGAAGAGCUUUCACUGCAGAGUGCGCAAGUUUAUGAACUUGCCACACUUACAAACUGCCUGAAGAAGGGGCCCGAGUUGCCUCAAAAGUUUACAUAUGGCAAUAAAAGGUGUCGUUUUACUUCACCUCUCAUUGAGCUUACCACAGAUAUUCCUGUUUCAGUUAAACUGCAAUGUUGAUUUGCUUAAUUCAGACGGAUAAUUCAGUAUUUACAGACUCAGAGAUGUUGUUUCUAAAUGUAUAACUUUUUGUUAAGCUAUGUUGGUUACUUUAUAUCCACAUCAGUUUUUGUUUCUUUACACCUUAAUUCUUCCUCUUUAUUAUCCGCAGCAAUAAACGCACAGUAUAGCAGUUUUUCCUCUUCUUUCUCUCCAUCUUCCUCUUCCACUUUGUCCCCCCUUCUUCCCGACUCUGACUUCCUGAAUGAAGUGAGGCAGCUGCUUUUAUGCUGCACCUGGGAGCACUUCAGGUGGCCCAUUGGCAUGAUCUGGAAGUACUCCCAGGUGUGGUGGAAGCC